UGGUUACAUACAGGUCGUGGUGAUAAGAUGAACGCCAUCCAGGUGAUUUCCUUGACUCUGCUGUCUGUCCUUGCAGCAAACGCUCAGAUCUUGAGGUUCGGCAAAUGUCCCAAGCCUGAUGUUCAGGCCAACUUUGAUGCCACCAGGUACAUUGGUAAAUGGUAUGAGAUCAAGAAGCUGCCAACAGCCUUCCAGAAAGGUCAGUGUGCCACUGCCACCUACAGUCUGAAGAGUCCUGGAGUCAUCGGGGUCCUCAACUCGGAGCUGCUUGACGAUGGAACCACUAAUUCUAUUGUCGGCUCUGCCAAGCCCAAAGACCCUGCUCAGCCUGCCAAGCUGGAAGUCUCCUUCUUUGACAUCCCAUCUCCCCCUGGUCCCUACUGGGUGCUGUCCACCGACUAUGAGGGUCACGCUCUGGUCUAUGGCUGCACAAACUUCGGCCUGUUCCGCAUGGAGUUGUCCUGGAUCAUGAGCAGAGAGCCCACCCUGUCUGAGGAGACCACCGAGCAGCUGCAAAGCAUCCUGUCCUCUACUGGAGUCGACGCAAGCAAGCUGGUCGCUACCAACCAGGAUGCCACCUACUGCAGUGCCAUGACCCAGUAG